AUGGGGCAGUUAGAUUUAAGUCUUCUAGAAAUAUCUACUGAAGACUUAAAGUUUUCAAAAAGAAAUAUUGAAGAUUUUUUGAAUAAUUUAAAGGUUGUUGCUGAAUCUUUAAGGAUAAGAUCUAACCAGUUUUCCAAUAAAAAUAUGGAUUUUGAAAGUUCUAACGAUUGUAAUAAUUUUUCUCGACAUGAAUUGAAUGAUGAAAAUAUUGAUGACAUUGAAUCUCUUGUUUUUUAUGAAAAUAAGGAUAAUUUAAAUAAUAAUAAGAAGAUUUCUGAACAAAAAUAUUUUUAUAAUGAUAGGUGCAGUAGUGUUUCUGACAAUCCAGUGUCGUCUAAAAAUAUUACCUCACCAAGACCACCUUCUUCGCCAAGGUUAAUUAAGGAUAAUAGUGUAAUAGAUGAAAUAAAUGUUUUUCUAAAAAGUCCCAGAAGAAAAGAGGAUGAAUUGGAUGAAGCAACUGUUGUAAAACAAUUUUCACAAUUUUCAUCCAAUAAAAUAAUAGACGAAGUUAAAGUUAAAAAAAAUAAUUCCCUAAAAAGUUCUCCUCGCUUAAAUCAACCUCUUGAGAAUAAAGAAAAUGUAAUUCCUUGUUUCUACUUUCCUGCAGGUCGUCCUCCUCAAUCAGACAGCGGAAAUGAAAUAUUAAAAAAUAUUGAAAAUGUAUUUAAAAAAUUUCCAAAGAAAAUUUUAUAUGCUAGAGAUUUUGAUCAAGUAUGUGAAGCUGUUGGUAAACCUAUCACUUGGAGUAGAAUUCUUAUUAAUGGUUGUCUUAGAAAAGAUGCUUCAGAUGAUGAUACUGUAACAUAUGAAGAAUUUUCUUCCUAUUGGUUAAAAUUAUCUUCAGAGUGUUUUGAUAAUGCGUCUACUUUUAUUAAAUUACUUGUUGAUGGAAAUUCUUCUAAUUCUAAAAAUAAUAUACAACGAAAAUAUGUUGUAAGAGAAGAUUUUAAACCUCUUCUUAAUUAUAUUAUAUUUACAAUACGUGAUUUAGAUGUCCUUAAAAAUGCUCCUUCUUUUCAUUCUGCAUAUGUUGAUACAGUUAUAGCAAGAAUUUUUUGGAGAGUCAGUCGGUCAUGGAUAGGUAAAAUAUCCACUGAAGAAUUGAGAAAAUCAAAUUUUUUGGAUAUUUUUGGUUCUCUAAAUACAAUAGAAAAUAUUAAUGAUGAAAAAUUUUUUUUUUCAUAUAUUCAUUUUUAUGUAAUUUAUUGUAAAUUUUGGGAAUUAGAUGAAGAUCAUGAUUUAAUGAUUACUAGUGAUGAUUUAAAAAAAUAUUCUAAUGAAACAUUACCAUCUCGUGUUAUUGAUAGAAUUAUAAAAAUUAAUGGAUAUUCAAAAAAUGUUUCUGGUACUGGAAAAGUACAUGAAGUUCUUGACUACUCUGAUUUUAUUCUUCUUCUUCUUGCUGAUGAAAAUAAACAUCAUUUAAAAGCGUUAGAAUAUUGGUUUAGAAUUCUUGAUAUAAAUGGUGAUGGAAAAUUAUCACUAGAGGAAUUGGAAUAUUUUCAUGAGGAGAUUAUGAAUAGUGUGAAAGAUCGUGUCAUUGAAUGUAAAUCAAUGAGUGAUACAUUAUGUCAUAUAUUUGAUAUGAUAUCUCCAGUAAAUGAUCAUUAUAUAACAUUAAAUGACAUUAAAAAAAAACAAGAGUUAACUGAUGGUGAAAUACCACAAUCUUGUGAAGAUAAUGAAGUUGAUGUGUCAGAAUGGGAUAAUUAUUGUACUAAACAAUAUGAAUUAAUCGUUGAAGAUGUUGAUGAUUCUUUUAAUUGUGGUGAUGAUUUAGAAGGUUUGAACUUUUUUGAUAUAGAUUCUGAUAGUUUCAUUAAUGUUGAUGAUUAA